CGACAAAUUAAGUGGCAGACAUUUUGUCAGUGUCAUUAAUAGUCAGGUAUUGUCCAGCAAUACUUUGCAGUCAGAGCACAUGUUCAGCCUUGUGGGUUUUAAAUGUACAAUCUUAACGUAAACAAUUCAGGCCUUAAACCGCUAAUAGCAUAGCUGUGCAAGACAGUUGUCAUGUGUUGUUGAAAUCGGCGCUGUUUCUCCUGUUAAACUGUCUUUAUACCGGGGUCAUAGUUCAAAAGCAGUCAGAUUCAACAGGCUUUAAACGACCAUUACGGGUGAUCCCAAGAACGAACAUCCACUUUUGAGAAUGGACACCCUGUUUAAACCCAGCUAGGAGGUCAGCAAUCAUUCGCAGCUCUCUCCACGCAUGCAAUGACAUGGGAGGGAUGAUUUGAGCAGUACUGUGGUAAAUGCUGCUACAUGAAGUGAGUGAUUGAUCUGGCACUGCAGCUGACAGACGCUUGAAUGGAAAAGCCACUAAUUGGAUGAGGUUUCUUCAUUACUAUUUUUGGGUCUCAGUGCUUGACACCAAGGUCUCAGGGACCAUAAUGGCUUUUUCUGCUUCUGACGGAUAUAUCCAAGAAAAAGGACUUAGCACCUGAAGUCUUGUGCUGUCUCAAUACAGCAUGGGGUUAGAUGUAAGACUUGAAGUCAGCAUGUCUUUGAAAUGUGGACAUCUCUUCACACUCUUCUUCUUUAUACUAUCCGUCACAGGAACUCAAGACAGAAGCAGGCUCAAUCCAUUGGAGACUCUUCACACUAGCAGCCUAACAAACUUGCCAAACCCACCAAAGCAGAAUUCAGGGGUCAGAACUAUAUUUGAAAUGGAGAAGCAUCGUGUCAAGAGGUCAGACUUUUUCCACUCAGAAGUGAAAGUAUGUCCACAGGAGACAAUGAGAGAGGUCAUAGCAAGCCAUCAAACAUUCUACACACUGAGAGUUUGCCAGGAGGCUGUAUGGGAGGCUUUCCGGAUCUUUUUGGACAGAAUUCCCAGCAGCUCAGAGUACCAGAAAUGGGUCCACACAUGCCAGCACAACUCCCUGUGCAUCUCAGAUCUUGCCAUGAAUUUCAGCCAUUCACAGGAACACAUAGACAUGGUCUACAGGAGGUUGAAUAUGAAUAGUGAAAAAAUAGAACGAAAUAUAAGUGAAGAGCCAGCAACCGAUGAAGCACAAGAUAUGAAAGGUUCAGAGGAAGUCCUGACUGAAGCAGCAGUAAAUGAAUUUAUUCCCACAGCUGAAUCUACUACUGUCAGCACUACAACAGACACCUCAACAGCCUCACAGGAGUUGGAUCUUCAUAAUGUGGUUCCAGAGCAGCCAGAACAUCAUGUCAUAGAGUUCAGCGUUACUCUGAUGGACUAUGGGUAUCAAGAGAUACUGAGAGAUGCUGAUUCACCUCAGUAUCAUGACCUGUCACAGCAUCUUCAAGAUCAGAUGCAACAUGUUUUUAAAGACCUGCCUGGAUUUAUGGAUGUCCACGUGUUAAAAAUUAGCGAGGCGGAAGAGCCUGAAGGGGCUGGAGGAAUAUCUGCAGUCUACUCAGCUGUUUUUGAGACUAUUGUACCUACCCUUGCUGAUGAAAGUCUUGGCACAGUUGUUUCAUCUACAGGACCACAUCUGAAGGACAUGAUAGUUAAAGCACUGAGCAAAAAGACCUCUCUCCUUGAUCUUAAUUCACUGACAUUUGAAACAGGCAAAGACCAGCCCCCAACCAGAAUGCCUGUCACUGAGGUUUCUGAAGACAUAAUAACUGAGUCCUCUGAUCAAGGUUCAUAUGGUGACAUCAGUUUUCCAACAAAAGGAAUCAAGGUUGAAGUUCAUCUUUCAUCAGAUGGUGAUGAGAAUGUUUUGGAGACCAUUUUAGACCCAACUUUAGACACAGAAAGCACCACAACAACAAUAUCAACAGUUGAACCUGAGAAUGAGCCAGUCAUUAUACACCAGCUUGAAACUAUUAAAGGGGAAACUGGUGAGCUCAUAAAAGAAAUUUUUCAAGUUCCACCAGUAGAGGAAGCUCCUGGUGAGGAUGGUAGCAAACCAGUUGUUAUUGUCGAUAUAGUCAACAAUCUGGCUCCAACAUCUUCAGCUGCUACCUCAGCAUCACCCUCGAGUGGAGAACAGCCUAGAACUACAGAGAAACCUACACCAGAUAGUGACUUCAAACUAAACACCAUACCAGAAGAUGACAUCAUGUUUAACCCAGUAACCACUACCCACAUUUUGUUCACCACCGCAACAACAGUUAGUCCUGGGUCCGAGCAGCCAAAGUUAGCUGUUACAACCGACUUCACCAUCACCCUACAACCUUCAACUGAACCAAUUGAUCCAAUAACUGAAGUGACAGAUUCUAAUGAAAUUCCAGAGGUGCCUCAAACAAGAAUGGCAGUAAAGGAGGAAGAUACCAAAGUGGUGAUGGCUGAACCAGACAAAGAGUCUAAGUCUGAGGUUGAUUUACCCAAGGUAAAGGUUGUGACAACAGAAACUGUAAAAGUAACUGGAUCUGCGGAAGUAACUGAAGAUACUGUUAUUUUAGAAGAUCAUGUAUUACAACCUGAAGAAGUGACUAUGGUAACAAAAACUCAUACAGAAAAUAGCACAUUAGAACCUGUGAGAACGAUUGUGGUACCAGAACCAGAAGAAGAUGGGAUUGGAAAAUCAACUAAACAGGAUGAAGUUGCAGAACAAGAGGUAAAUGUUUUAGAGGAAGAAACAAAGGUCAUUAUAAAAUCAGAAGAAGACGUUGAGGAACAUACAACUGAUGAGAAGAUCAAAGUGAGACAAGAGGAUGAUGUUCAGGUAACUAGGAAGCCAGGAACUGAGGCAGUAGAACCUGAGGAGGAACCUCGUUUAACGGAAUUUAAAGAAGGGGAUGAGGUGGUGGAACCUGAGAGAGAAGCUGAUGUUGUAGAAUAUGAGGAAGGCAUCAAAACUGAAGAGCCUGAUGUGGACAUAGCAAGUAAAGUCCCUAAACCUACUGAAGGUUCAACAGAACCUCCUGCAGAGAUGAUUAAGGUUAAACCACCAGAGAUUUCUGUGACAGAAAUUUACCUCAUUGAGAACAUUGACUAUUACCAACCUGAAGAAGGUGAUAAUUUGCCCUUUGUGACAGAUAAUAGUGUUCAACCAGGGAUGGACAUUGGUAAACCUGAACAUGUGGAAAACUCUGGGCUUGAGGAUCAAAAAAUUGAGGAAGUUCUUGAGAUACCAGAUAUGGUUACAGAGGACCAGACCACAGAAGCAGAAGUGGCUGAUGUUCACCCUACUGUAUCAACUGCCUCAAAAUCUCUACUUGAAAUGAUCACAGAAUCAGCUUCAAAGAAAGAUGGGGACUUACCAUCUGUUGUUGGAGAUACUGAGGAGCCACAGCUCACGGAUAUAGAGAAAGACACUAAGACAGAGGUUGUCCUUAUAGAACAAGAAGAAGAAAAUGCAUCACUGCCCAUGGAGACACUUGCAACUGACACACUUUUGACAACUGCACCUGCAGACAUUGAUAUUUUUGAAGUAGUCCUAACAGAUGUGCCGGUUGUUACUCCAACAUCUUUGGAAAAGGAUUAUGAUUUACCAACUGAAAAUUUACAAUCAACUGUUGUCCAGGGCAUUGUAUUUAAAGAGUCAGAAAAUGACCAAGUGCUGAAUGUAAAUGAGGACCCAUAUAUUCAUUUAAAAGAUCCAGCCACUGAGUUAGACCAAAUAGAUGUAGUGAGUACUGAGACCAUUGACCUCUUAAGUUAUGACAAUGGAUAUUCUUUUCCAAAUGGAGGAUAUCCCUUGAAGACAACAAAAGCACCAUCCCUAACACUGCCCAUGGAGACACUUGCAACUGAUACACUUUUGACAACUGCACCUGCUGACAUUGAUCUUUUUGAAGUAGUACUAACAGAUGUGCCGGUUGUUACUCCAACAUCUUUGGAAAAGGAUUAUGAUUCACCAACUGAAAAUUUACAAUCAACUGUUGUCCAGGGCAUUGUAUUUAAAGAGUCAGAAAAUGACCAAGUGCUGAAUGUAAAUGAGGACCCAUAUAUUCAUUUAAAAGAUCCAGCCACUGAGUUAGACCAAAUAGAUGUAGUGAGUACUGAGACCACUGACCUCUUGAGUUACGACAAUGGAUAUUCUUUUCCAAAUGAAGGAUAUCCCUUGGAGACAACAAAAGCACCAUCCCUAACACUGCCCAUGGAGACACUUACAACUGAUACACUUUUGACAACUGCACCUGCUGACAUUGAUCUUUUUGAAGUAGUACUAACAGAUGUGCCAGUUGUUACUCCAACAUCUUUGGAAAAGGAUUAUGAUUCACCAACUGAAAAUUUACAAUCAACUGUUGUCCAGGGCAUUGUAUUUAAAGAGUCAGAAAAUGACCAAGUGCUGAAUGUAAAUAAGGACCCAUAUAUUCAUUUAAAAGAUCCAGCCACUGAGUUAGACCAAAUAGAUGUAGUGAGUACUGAGACCAUUGACCUCUUGAGUUACGACAAUGGAUAUUCUUUUCCAAAUGAAGGAUAUCCCUUGGAGACAACAAAAGUGCCAUCACUAACAUACUUCACAACUCCCUCUAUGACCACAGCAAGCAAAGGCAAAGAACUAAUUGUGUUUUUCAGUUUGCGUGUCACAAACAUGAUGUUCUCUGAAGAUCUUUUCAAUAAGAGCUCUACAGAAUACCGAUCAUUGGAAAACAGAUUUGUUGAACUGCUACUUCCAUAUCUACAGUCUAACCUAACAGGCUUUAAGCAGUUAGAGAUCCUAAACUUCAGAAAUGGAAGUGUGGUGGUCAACAGCAAGGUGAAAUUUGCCAAGUCUGUGCCGUACAACAUUACUCAGGCUGUCCAGCACGUCUUGGAGGAGUUUUGUGAUGCUGCAGCCCAGCGUUUGGACAUAAAGAUUGAUAGCCAUUCACUAGACAUAGAACCAGCUGAUCAAGGUGACCCUUGCAAGUUUCUUGCCUGCAAUGAGUUUUCGAAAUGCGUGGUGAACCUCUGGACAAAGGAAGCACAAUGUUUAUGUGAGCCGGGCUACGUAACGCUGGAUGGACUGCCAUGUCAAAGCCUCUGUGUGGUCCAGCCUGAUUUCUGUCUCAAUGGAGGAGAGUGUGAGAUUGUACCAGGGCAUGGUGCCGCUUGCAGAUGUCCUAUAGGUAAAUUCUGGCAAUUUAUCGGGGAGAGAUGUGCAGAGCUGGUCUCCAUGCCACUAGACCCCUUUCUUUCCCUAGUGUGCCUCGUGGGGGUGCUCACCUUUCUUUAUGCCAUCAUUUCUCUCUUGUUAUCUAUGUGCAGGAAAUGUGUACGGACCAGAAAGAAACUAACUCUAGUAGGCCGAGAUAAGACCACCAUACCAGGCCUGACGAGUUAAUCACAGAUGAUUUCCACAUUACAAUACUGUCACUGAGAGAUGGGACGCCACAUGUCAUGCUGUCUUCCAAUGGGGCUUGUCCAGCCAUUAAAAGAAGUUUAAGAAGCUUCCUAUGAUUCAACAACUCAUGAAGAUUGUAGAAUGACUGGCCAAACAUCCUGAACAGAUGUAUAGCCAAGUAUAAUUGCUAUUGGUUAAUACGUUACCUGUCGUUCUCAUGAGAACGUAAAGAAAUGCACUGGAUUUCAGGUAGAAUGUUUUCACAAGGCAGAAAUGAUCAAGGGUUUCCUCACAAUGAGGAAAUGUUUCGUUUGAUCAUAAAGAAUACUUAAAAUGUUCUCAUAGUUGGGAACAUAAUUGUGUUUUGGUGUAUAAUUAUAUAUUGUCUUACACGCAUAGUGAAUAAGUAUUUGCGUAUUUGUUUUUGUGUGCGCGUGUGUAUUUUAGAAUGUUUAUCUUGGGAAAAAGAGAACUUUGUCGCAAACGUAAAAUAAAGUGUGCAACAAAAAAAAAAUUACCAAUUUUGUAAGAUUUACCCAAAGCACUGAUUACAUACAGUAUUAUAUAUACAAUUUUUACAUCAUUGGUCACUUACAUGACAAUUGUGCUGGUUUAUAUCUAUGUAAAAUCUCACUGUAUUUGUUGGAAAAAAGCAAACUUUAUUUAGCUGGAUAGAUCAUGCCUACACCAGUACCUUGUUUAGUUUGAUACAAAUAUUCAUUUUGUAUAUAGAAAUAAAUCUCAUUUGCUUAUUGCUCUUAUACAUAUUUGGUCAGAUAUCACAAUUACAGGCUGUGCUUUAACUUGUUGCAUAAUUUGAUAAAAUAUAGUGUUACAAAAUUAGGGACAAUAACAAUAUCACAAGAAUGACUAAAAUUAUUAAAAUCAUUAUUUUUAUUAAACAUUUUUCAUUCAAAAGUCAUAAUUUAGUUGUAAUUACUUACCAGAGUUAUUGUAUUUACUGUUUUGUAGAUUUUGUAAAUACUUUUUGCAAGCAGUUAAACUCACAGUGAAUAACAAAACUCAGAAUCGUGUAAAGUGCUGAACAAUAUCAGUAUUUACAUCUGCAAGUCAAAGAGGAGCUUUAUUUCAAUGUGAGACUGAUUUAAAUGUUAGGAAAAGACACACUUGUUGAAUUACUCUACAGAAACAUUCCCAGUGAAGAAUUUAUGGAGUACUGAUCAUAUAUCAUACCAAAAUAUUACAUUAAGUAAAUUAUAUUAAGAGGCAGUUUAGAGGCAAUGACACUGUCAAAAACAGUAAUUAAAGAUCAAUGAGAUGAUUCAAUGCAACAGAUAUUCAAAAAAAAAAAAAAAAAACAGAACAAA